GAGCGGGGCUGUCUCCUCCGCGGGGUGUUCUCAUCUGGCAAAAAUGGGUGAACCUCAGCAAGUGAGUGCCCUUCCUCCGCCUCCAAUGCAAUAUAUAAAAGAAUAUACUGAUGAAAAUAUCCGUAAAGGCCUGGCUCCAAAGCCACCUCCACCUGUGAAAGACAGUUAUAUGAUGUUUGGUAAUCAGUUUCAAUGUGAUGAUCUGAUUAUUCGACCCUUGGAGAGCCAGGGUAUUGAACGGUUACAUCCUAUGCAGUUUGAUCACAAGAAGGAGUUAAGAAAACUUAAUAUGUCUAUCCUGGUCAACUUUUUGGACCUCUUGGAUAUCUUGAUAAGGAGUCCAGGGAGUAUAAAGCGAGAGGAGAAACUGGAAGACUUGAAACUGCUUUUUGUUCACGUCCAUCAUCUUAUAAAUGAGUAUCGCCCUCACCAAGCUAGGGAGACACUGAGAGUCAUGAUGGAGGUGCAGAAACGUCAGCGUUUGGAAACAGCAGAGCGAUUUCAGAAGCACUUAGAGCGAGUUGUAGAGAUGAUUCAGAACUGCCUGGCUUCCUUGCCUGAUGAUCUGCCUCAUUCAGAGGGAGGACUGAGAGUGAAAGCGGAAACAAUGGAUACUGAUGAUGGCAGCAACUGUAUUGGACAGAGUGAAAAGCAGAGAGAGCGUUCUGGUGGCAAGAGAGAUCAGGUUUUAGACAAAGAUGCAGCUAUGUGUAGCAUUAUUGAUGAAAUGACAUGAAGAAAACACUGGUUUUUUGUUAGCUCACUGUAGUGAGAGGCAGAAUGGAUUCCGAUGGUAUAUGUUGUAUUUUGUUUUGCUGUUGUACAAGCAGGCAAAGCGUUUAUUUUACACCUGUUGGAGGUUGUGAGUGACUAUGCAGAUGAAAAUGUUCAAUAUUUUAUGAGCUGUGUGUUUAUUGGUAGAAACAAAAAAGUAUACUUUUUGUUAAAUGUAUCAUGUGAGGUGGAAGCCACAGAUUAAAGUUAGCUUUUUCUGUUGUAUUUUCAUUUGUCACUUUCUGCUUUUUUGGGUAUGCUUCAUUGUUUUUUUAAAUUGCUUUAUAGUGUGGAAGCAAGUAAGGGAUCUGACUGAGAGGAAUUGCAGUUGACAAUUCCUCCAUUUCUAAUAAGUGCAAGUUUACAAUUUCAGUGGGUGCUUUCAGGAAUGCAUAAUUCAGUAUUAAAAAUAAAAUCAGUGUCAA